AUGUCUCUCCCCACGAACCCCAUUUCCGCAGAACUCACCGAGAUUCUGAAAUCUCAGGUCAAAUCGUCUGAGAUCCUCACGCCCUCUUCUGCGGGGUAUGCAGAUGCAAUAGCCCGUUGGUCUGAUGCGGCAGUCAAACCCGCAGGUGCUGUCAUGCUUGCUGCUAAUGUGGAAGACAUUAGCGUUGCCGUCAAGCUUGCGCAGGAGCACAAGCUGGAUUUAGCAGUGAAAGGGGGCGGACAUUCUGUUUCAGGGGCAAGCUCAACUGAGGGUGGACUGGUGAUUGACUUAGCUCUUAUGCGACAUGUCGAGGUCGACGUGGAUCGCAAAACGAUCACCGCACAGGGUGGUUGUCUCUGGGUUGAUGUUGAUGAGGCUGGUGCUCGACAUGGUCUGGCUACUGUCGGGGGCACUGUCAACCAUACUGGGAUUGGUGGCCUUACCCUCGGUGGUGGGUAUGGAUGGCUGUCUGCAAAGUACGGUCUAGUCAUCGACAAUCUUCUUUCAGUGACAAUGGUCCUAGCGGAUGGCCGGAUUGUGAAAACCUCCGCUACGGAGGAACCAGACUUGUUCUGGGCAGUACGCGGUGCGGGCCACAACUUUGGCAUUGCCGUCGAAUUUGUCUACCGGGUUUACGAGCAGGUGGACCCGGUGUUUUCUGGGUUUUUGAUCUUCCCGCAGGAAAAGCUUGAAGCAAUUAUUGACACUCUUAAUCAAAGGAUGCAGCAAACUCAGGAAGACUCAGCUACCAUGUGUAUCUUUGGGACGCAGCCUGGCACUUCUGAACCCAUGGUAGCAACAUGUAUCUUCCAUCGUGGAACUGAAACUGAAGGAAGAGAAGCAUUCAGGGAUCUAUAUGCCCUUGGUCCCAUCAUGGAUGAUGCCAAAAUGAUGCCCUACCCCAUGGUUAAUGCACAGGUUAAUGAAAUGGCUAGACAUGGGGGCAGACGAAACCUCCAGGGUCUCUGCUUCUCUCAUCCCUUGAGACCAGCCUUUGCACGCAGCGUUAUGGACAAGUAUGCCGACAAACUGGCAGCAGACCCAGAUAUGAUAGGAACCGCUGUUAUUUUCGAAUAUUUUGAUAUGAGGAAAUGCACGGAGGUGCCCAUGGAGUCGACAGCAUGUGCUAACCGGGGGGUGACCCUUAACGGGCUACUGAGCAGUAGGUGGACUAACAAAAAUAACGACAUGGCCAACCGUCAAUGGGGAAGGGACAUGCAACAGAUGUUUCUGAAAGAGAGGGAGCAAACCAAUGCCGCAGUGUCCACCAAUGAGGUACCUCAGUACAUCAAUUAUUCCGAAUCUAGCGGUAUAUCCUUUUCACAGAUGCAUGGUAUCCACACCGGUAGAUUGCAAAAGCUGAAAGGGAAAUAUGAUCCGACGGGUAUGUUUGGCAAAAUGUGUCCCAUCGUCGCUGCCGAUUGA